CGUAGAUAUUACAAACAUAACUAAGCAGAUAAAGAACCAAAUAAGCAAACAGCAUACAACACAUGUAAAAUACAACAUAUUGAUUAUCUAAAAGGAAAUUAAAAACACAGAUCAUACGGAAAUGUGUAAUCAACCAAACCAAAACACAACAAAUGGUACAUUUCACUAUAGUAUAUAAGAGACAACAAAACCCAUGAAGUAUUUAAUUAUUCAAGGACUCGAUUUAGUUGUAGUAGGCGGAGGAGAGAACAUUGGAAUGGAUGGGAAAUUGAUUGGGAGAGAAGGAAUCGUUGUGGGGAAUGAAGGUAAAGUUGGCAUUGGAAUAGGAGGGAUUGAAGUGGGAAUUGUGGGAAGAGUUGUUUGUGGCAAUGUUGAUGGCAACGGAGGGAUUGAAGUGGGAAUGGUGGGAAGAGUUGGUUGUGGCAAUGUUGAUGGAAAUGGAGGAAUUGAAGUGGGAAUUGUGGGAAGAGUUGGUUGUGGCAAUGUUGAUGGAAAUGGAGGAAUUGAAGUGGGAAUUGUGGGAAGAGUUGGUUGUGGCAAGGUGGAUGGCAAUGGAGGUAAUCCCGUUGGGAUAGGCAUAUUUGGAAUUUGAGGGAGAGGUUGUUGCUGGAGAAGGUGGCGUGAGGCCGAGCACUUGUUGAUCGUAAUAGAGAAAGAAAGACUCACUAAGAAAGCAAUGAGAAAAAUCUUGAAUGAUGCCAUUUUGAUGAGUUGAUGAGUUCUUUUUUUUUUUUUU